AUCGUUUGGUUGAGUUUUGUGUUUGACAUGUUUGAAGAACCAAGAAUCAUAAACCUUGAAAUCGUUGUUAAAACUUGGAACUAAUGGUACCAAAAUGAUCUAUGAACCUUAGAGAACAUUUCUAUAUACUUUAAUUGAAAUUUGGUGACUAAAAUUGACAUUUUCGAAAGUUGGCUCGAGGAAUGACAUUAUACAAUGUCAAGGUUGACAUUAUCAAUCUAAUUUGUUUAGCAUUAUGCAUUCGCAUCGUGAACGCAUCCUCGAAGGCGUCGGCCUCGAGGACAGCAUUGCAGUCAACGACACCUGUCUCACCGUCACGGAAUUCGACACUGGAUCGUCCGGAUUCUCGGUUGGCGUGGCUCCGGAGACCCUGCGGAAGACCUCCCUAGGAAAGCUGGAACGCGGAUCUCGAGUCAAUUUGGAGAGGGCUUUGACGCUGAGCACUGGGAUGGGAGGUCACUUUGUGCAGGGACAUGUAGACGAGACUGGAGAAAUCGUAGGGUUCGAAUCUGAAGGGGACUCGUUGUGGGUGAUGGUGAAGACGAUGAAGGAGCUUCUGAGGUAUAUUGUCCCCAAAGGGUUCAUUGCCGUGGAUGGGGUUAGGACAUUUUCUUGGAUCUGUGGAGAAGAACUCCAUUGGGGGUCACUGUGCAUCCACAGAGCUUUGGUUGAUGCCUUGAAUAUAUUCUUAGCAUGUGUCUACUUUCUGGCCUUGCUUGGAUGUCCUACAAUGAGGAUUAACAUUAGAGAAUCCAGAAGGUCCACUUUCCAUUUUGUGGUAUCCCUUUGCUGUGCCCUUACUAGUGUUGUGUAUCUCGGUGCCACUCUUCGCAAACUUAACACCAAAAGUCAUGAUUUCCGUUCGCUAAGUUGGUUUCCGUACUUCAUAAAAGGAGUGAUUUGGAUUGUCUUUACCUUCUCCUUGCUUGUUCAAGGAUCAAAAGUGGUCAAGUUUUUCGUAUCUAGUUGGUGGGUUGUUUCCUUUCUGUUGAUUUCUUCACUGAACAUUGAACUUUUGGUCAGAACCCGCACCAUCGAAAUUAUGGAAGUUAUAGCGUGGAUCCUUACCUUAUUUCUUCUAUUUUCCGCUUUGACUAACUUCCGUCUUCUCAUUCUUUCUCAACCAGUUUCUGUCAAGACUUUACCUGAACCUCUAUUAGUUGUUGAACAAUGUGAUAGUGGGAAGCAUGCUAGUUUCUUUAGCAAAUUGUCAUUUUCUUGGAUGAACCAUUUGCUCCAGUUAGGCAAGUCAAAAAUUUUACUUCUUGAAGACAUUCCAUGUUUAGAAUCAGAAGAUGAAGCAAAGUUGAACUAUGAUAAACUGUGUCAUGAGUGGGAAAAUAGCUCCAAAGGUUCAUCAAACUUGAUUCUAAAAGCUAUAUCAAAAAGAUACCGGAAAGAAAUCAUGCUCGGGGGAGUCUAUGCACUUCUUAGGAUGACUGCUGUUGCAAUUUCUCCACUUCUGCUAUAUGCAUUCGUAUCUUAUUCAAAUCUUGAGAGUAAAGGACUCUCCAAAGCUCUUCUUCUAGUUGGGUGCUUGGUUCUUGAUAAGGUUCUCGACACUCUGCCCAACCGACAUUUCUAUUUCUACUCCAAGAGGGUCGGUAUGAAAAUCAGAUCAGCUCUAAUGGCAGCAGUUUUUCAGAAACAGCUCAAGCUUUCAAACCGAGGCAAGCAAAGGCAUUCAACAGGAGAGAUUGUGAAUUAUAUUGCAAUCGACGCAUAUCGGAUGGGGGAAUGUGUAAUGUGGUUUCACAUUGGUUGGAUUUCUGUUAUGCAAAUCUUCCUGUCUGUUGCGGUGCUCUUUUGGGUGGUUGGUAGUGGUGCCCUUCUCGGUUUAGCCCCUCUUGCUAUCUUUGGAGUUCUUAAUGUGCCAUAUGCAAAGAUAAUCCAAAAGUGUCAGUUUGAAUUCAUGAUGGGCCAAGACAAGAGAUUAAGGUGCAUGUCUGAGAUCUUGAACAGUAUGAAGAUCAUCAAGCUACAAUCGUGGGAAGAAAAUUUUAAGAAGACAGUUGAAUCCUAUAGAGAUAUCGAAUUCAAAUGGCUAACGAAAGCUCAAUUGUUCAAGACAGUGAGUACCUUCCUGUACUGGGUAUCUCCCACAAUCAUCUCAUCUGUUGUACUCUUAGGGUGUGUGCUCUUAAACAGUGCUCCAUUUGAUGCUGCCACAGUGUUCACUGUCUUGGCAGUAUUAAGGGUCAUGUCUGAACCCGUUACGCUGUUACCAGAUGCUCUUUCUGUCAUAAUUCAGUCUAAAGUUUCCCUUGAUAGAAUAAAUUCUUUCCUGUUAGAAGAUGAGAUUAAAAGAGAGGAUGUUAGACGAUCUCCGGUUGGACACUCAGAAAAUAUUGUCAGUGUAGUGAAUGGCUGCUUCAGCUGGGAAUCAGAGCUUUUACUUAGAAACAUAAAUGUUCAACUGAGACGGGGUCAGAAAACUGCAGUCUGUGGAGCUGUUGGAGCAGGAAAGUCAUCACUUCUCUAUGCCAUACUUGGAGAAAUACCUAAAGUUUCAGGAACUGUGAACGUGUUUGGCUCAAUUGCUUAUGUGUCACAAGCUUGCUGGAUCCAGAGUGGAACGGUCCGUGAUAACAUACUGUUUGGGAAGUCAAUGGACAAAGGCAGAUAUGAAGAGGCAAUAAGAGUGUGUGCUCUAGACAAAGACAUCGAUAGCUUCAGCUAUGGUGACUUGACAGAGAUAGGGCAGAGAGGGCUGAAUAUGAGUGGGGGACAGAAGCAGAGAAUUCAGUUGGCUCGAGCAGUUUACAGUGAUGCAGACAUUUAUCUUCUAGAUGACCCUUUCAGUGCUGUUGAUGCACAUACUGCUUCAUCUCUUUUCCAUGAAUGUGUUAUCAGUGCAUUGAAGACGAAAACUGUCAUUCUUGUUACUCACCAAGUAGAAUUUCUCUCUGCUGUUGAUCACAUUCUGGUACUGGAAGAAGGAGAAAUCGGUCAAUCAGGAAGCUACAAUGAGCUGCUGAUGAAGGGGAAGCGCUUCGAACAGCUCGUGAAUGCUCACGAAAGUGCAGUAAAUGCAUUUGAUCCACCGAAGAAAAAGAUUGAUCAUAGACCUCAGAUUGAUCAUGGGGGUGGAGGGCAUGAAGAGGUCAAAAUGGACCAAUUAGAAAAUGAAGAAAAUGGUCAGAUUUCAUUGAAGAAAGGGGCUCUUCAGCUAACAGAAAAUGAGGAGAGGGAGACGAAUGAAUCUAUGUGGAAGAUAAUCAUGGAUUACGUUUUGGUUUCCAAAGGAUCCCUUUUCUUGAUACUAAGCAUUGUAGGUCAGACCGGUUUUAUGGUUUUGCAGGCUGCAGCAAGCUACUGGCUAGCAAUGUCCAUUCAAAGCCCCAACAUCAGUCAUCUAAUGAUCAUUGGAGUUUUUACUUUGAUUUCUCUGCUAAGUACACUCUUUGUGUAUCUCAGAUCCCUAUUUGCUGCUUUCCUCGGACUCAAAGCCUCAAAAGUUUUUUUCUCUGGUUUUUUAGACUCCGUUUUCAAGGCUCCCAUCCUUUUCUUCGACUCUACCCCCGUUGGACGGAUACUAACUCGUGCUUCUUCAGACCUGAGUGUAUUGGACUUUGACAUCCCUUUGACAUAUGCCUAUCUAAUGUCUGGUGUAAUAGAGUUGGUUGCCACAAUUUGUAUUAUGGCCUUCGUCACAUGGCAGGUUCUCAUUGUAGGCAUCAUAGCUACUGUUGCCUCCAAAUAUGUCCAGGAAUACUAUCAACCCACGGCAAGGGAACUGAUGCGGAGCAACGGGACAACAAAGGCUCCACUAAUGAGUUAUGCAACCGAGACGUCACUUGGGGUUGUCACAAUAAGGGCAUUUGAUAUGGUAGACAUGUUUUUUCACAACUAUCUGAAACUAAUUGAUGCAGACGCAAAAGUCUUUUUCAGUUCAAAUGGAGCUAUGGAGUGGCUAAUUUUGAGAACAGAAAUGCUCCAAAAUUUCACCCUUUUUUUUGCUGCUUUCUUCCUAAUCGUAGUUCCAUCACGUUCUCUCACUUCAGGUCUCGUGGGGUUCUCUUUUUCAUUUGCCUUGUUACUAACAACCACUCAAGUGUAUUUAAGCCGGUGGUAUAGCAACUUAGCUAACUAUGUUAUCUCAGCUGAAAGGAUAAAACAAUUUAUGCAUCUAACUCCGGAGCUACCAGCUGUGGUGGAAAAUAACAGGCCAAACUCUUCUUGGCCUUCCAUGGGUAGAAUAGAAUUUCUAGACCUGAAGAUAAGAUACCGUGUAAAUGCUCCAUUAGUCCUCAAAGGAAUAACAUGCACCUUCAAUGAAGGGACAAGAGUAGGAGUUGUGGGGAGGACAGGAAGCGGGAAAACGACACUGAUCAGUGCAUUGUUUCGCCUAGUGGAGCCUUACAGUGGGAAAAUCAUUGUAGAUGGUCUUGAUAUCUGCUCCAUAGGCCUCAAAGAUUUGAGGCUAAAACUCAGUAUCAUCCCACAAGAACCUACUCUUUUCAGAGGGAGUGUUCGAUCAAAUUUGGACCCUUUAGGACUUUACUCUGAUGAUCAAAUUUGGAAGGCUCUGGAGAAAUGCCAGCUCAAGGAUACCAUUAGCAGACUUCCACACCGGCUAGAUUCCUCAGUGAGUGAUGAGGGUGACAACUGGAGCAUGGGACAACGCCAACUGUUCUGCCUCGGAAGAGUACUUCUGAAGAGGAACAGAAUCUUAAUUCUGGAUGAGGCAACGGCUUCCAUUGACUCAGCUACAGAUUCCACUUUGCAGAAAAUCAUCAGAGAAGAAUUUUGCAAUUGCACAGUCAUCACUGUUGCUCAUCGUGUUCCCACUGUCAUAGACAGCGAUAUGGUCCUCCUCCUCUCUUUUGGUAAGCUCUUCCCNGGACAACGCCAACUGUUCUGCCUCGGAAGAGUACUUCUGAAGAGGAACAGAAUCUUAAUUCUGGAUGAGGCAACGGCUUCCAUUGACUCAGCUACAGAUUCCACUUUGCAGAAAAUCAUCAGAGAAGAAUUUUGCAAUUGCACAGUCAUCACUGUUGCUCAUCGUGUUCCCACUGUCAUAGACAGCGAUAUGGUCCUCCUCCUCUCUUUUGGGAAGCUCGUUGAAUAUGAUGAGCCUUCAAAGCUUAUGGGAAUUAAUUCUUCAUUCUCAAAACUGGUAGCUGAAUAUUGGUCCAGCUGCAGAAGGAAUUCCCAGGAGGAGCUCAACCACUGAGAUCGAUACUAUUUAAGAUGGCAGGCUAUAAUAAUAUGCCAAAAGACCAAAGAGAAAAUAGAACAUGUUGAUUUACUUUGGAGGUACCAAUGAAAUCACUAUGUAUUUAGUCUGCCUUGUAUACAGCAUAAACCAUUAUAAGGUUUUAUUAUCAUUAACAAAUUUGGGAGAAACUGGUCAGGACUUGGCUACAAAUGCUACUAAUUAAUCAACACUCUAAUUCUCAGAUUGAAGAAGCAAGAAAGAUGACAAAAUAAAUAUCAUAUUCAUAUUCAUAUUCCACCUGCUCCCUUCAUGAACCACAUCAACCUUAAAAAGUUUCGCCAUGAAUAUUCUUCAGAUCCAAGAUGUCCAACCAUUGUUUCUGCAUCCAUUACAGUCUGCUCAGGAUCUA